AUGCUCUCAAAAGUUGCACAACGGACGCGUCCCGACAUACAAACAAGCCAGGAGAGCCAGGCAAUUACCACUCAACGACCUUACUCGCUUUCGCCUAUUCAGCAGAUGUUCCUAGAUACCAUCACUACUAAGCGCAUCCCAGGCUUCAGCCAUUCAUUUUUACUACAAGUUAAAUGCGAUAUUGAACCUGAGGAAUUGGAUAGGACCGUGAAAGGGAAAUGGUCUCAGUACAUCUCUGGGGAUGUAAAAAGCUCCUACAACCUUCGGCUACAUGAAGUUCCGGUCGAUGAGGACGUUGUUCCGACAUUGACGAAGGCUUGCCGGGAGAGGCUUAACCCCGGUAAAGGACCUGCCAUUGCUUGUGAAGUCUUCAAAUGUGCAGGCAAAAAGUAUCUUUUUCUUGCUGCUCAUCACCUUGUCAUCGAUCUUGUCUCCUGGCGGAUAAUCCUCAAAGACCUAGAGCUUCUCCUUCGGUUGAAGGAUUUACCACCGUUUUUCUCACUUUCUUUCCCCGAAUGGUGUUUCCAACAGAAGAAAUGGUCCUCUGCUAACCUCCAACCUGACCGGGUUCUCUUUGCCCAGCUGCCUGUGCCACGGUAUGACUACUGGGGAAUGGCUGACGAGGCGAACACCUACGGAAUGGCCAAAAUAUACACAGCAAGUAUCAACUCAGCUAGCUCAACCAAGAUUCUGGCUCUCUGUGCCAAUAACGGACGGCUCGAACUCCAGGAUAUUCUCAUCGUGGCGCUGGUGAUUACAUUCAAGCGGGUUUUUUCUGACCGCGAGCUACCCCCAAUCUUUCUGGAGCAUCAUGGAAGAGAGCCUUGGCUCCCGGAGAUCGACAUUACGCAGACUACAUUGCGGAUAUCCUCCGACGUGCCCGAGACUGUCGCCGGCGGGUUCCCUCUAACGGUUUGGGAAUUCUUCUCCUCCACCUUCCUUCACCCCCAGGGAAGAGAUGCAUUCCACAAAUUGUUACGACCAGAGAUCAUGUUGAACUUUGAGGGAUUCUUUCAGCAAUUAGAGCGGGCUGAUGGCAUGUUCGAGAUUGCUCAGGUUGAUGGUGAACUAGCCGAUAUGUCACCGGAGGCGCCAAGACUAGCCCUUCUUGAAUUUGCUGUCCAGGUACAAAACGGACGCAUUGGACUUUCAUGCAUUUACAAUCAGAAGAUGCGUCAUACCGACCGGGUUGAGCAAUGCAUGAGGGAAUUCGCUCAGUUUCUGACGGAACUACCGGACAUGCUCUCUGGGUCGACUCCAGCGACUUUCCCCGAGUCUCGUUGA